AUUGGCCGAAAAAAGUCGUACGGCGCAGACGCGGUUCAAAUAGUCCGAACUUUAUCUAGUCUGAACCAUGACCAUGGUCUGAACUAAGGUCAGUGGGUCGGAACCAGUCUGAACUGAACUAGUGAAGGCGCUAUCAGCGUUGGCCGUUGACUGGAGAUACCAAUCUUCAGUCAACGCUAUCAUGACUAUUGUAAACCAAGAAAAUAAAUGUGUAACCAUUCGGCUGAGGAACUGAGAGUAGAAGUCGGAAACUAUCCACGUGGCAUAAGUUUAUUUACUUUAUAAUGGAUAAAAAAUCAUAAUAACGUCGUAUUCAAUGCCAAUGUAUGCCUACAUUUGUGCACGUGUUAUGGGCUAUCGUUCCAAACAGCUUACUCGCAUAACACAUCGGAACGAUAUUUCAAACAAUGGGAUCCUAUUCAGGGGAACUAAUAAUAUGUAUUUUAAUACUGAUCUCAGGAAGUGCAUUAUGGGGGAUAGACCGCCUUGUGAAUUCCUCUAUGAAAGAUGAUAACAGGGGAGUCGGUGAUAUAGUUGACAAUACUCCACACGAAUAUGCAUGGGUCAUAAGACUCUGUAUAAAUUCUUUAGGCUAUGCAACUAUUUUGUUCCCAGGUUGCCUGAUAUACAAAUAUGUUCGUCAUAGCAAAUAUCUACAAAGAAAUGGUAAUGGAUGCAUACAUAAGUUAGUUCACAAAUGUUUUGUUGGACAAGGAGAUGGUGGCUUACUGGAUUCUCCCAGUUUUCCUGCACCUAGUAGUGGCACUAUUCAACGUACAUAUAUGCAGGAAGCAGCGCUUCUGCUUUAUUGUUUUCUAGGAUUACAAAUAAGUUAUUUAACAUGGGGUUAUUUACAAGAGAAAAUCAUGACACAGGAGUACACCGAUGCGGAAGGAAAUACGGGUCACUUCAGGAACUCCCAAUUUCUAGUGUUCAUCAAUCGCAUUCUAGCAUUUCUAAUGUCUGGAUUUUAUUUACUCCUUAAACGUCAACCUCGUCAUACAACACCUUGGUAUAAAUAUACUUUCUGCUCAUUAUCUAAUAUACUGAGUAGUUGGUUUCAAUACGAAGCUCUGAUGUAUGUCAGCUUUCCAACACAGGUGUUGGCCAAAGCUUCUAAAAUCAUCCCUGUUAUGAUUAUGGGGAAAAUUAUUUCCCGUUCGAAAUAUGAAUAUUAUGAGUAUGUAACCGCCAUAUUGAUAUCGAUUGGAAUGACGUUUUUUAUGCUUGGUAGUAGAGAACAACACUCUGAUGGAGCAACGACAGCCUCUGGAAUUGUCCUCUUAGGCGGAUACAUGGUACUAGAUAGUUUUACCAGUAACUGGCAAAAUGCCCUUUUCAAUGAAUAUAGCGUGACAAGUGUUCAAAUGAUGUGCGCGGUGAACAUGUUUUCAUGCAUGCUGACGGCAACAUCUCUCUUGCAGCAGUCUAGUUUUAGUAUUUCCCUGGAGUUCAUGGUGAAGUACCCUCACUUCAUAAUUGACUGUCUGCUUAUUUCAAUAUGUUCAGCAACUGGGCAGUUGUAUAUUUUCUUUACAAUUUCCAAGUUUGGAGCUGUAACGUUCGUCAUCAUCAUGACAUUUCGUCAGGGCCUGUCAAUAUUGUUAUCCUGUUUGAUGUAUCAUCAUCACAUAACAAUCCUUGGUGUGCUUGGCAUACUGUUGGUAUUUGGUGCAAUAUUCCUACGUAUAUAUUGCAACCAUCGAAUUCGCAUGAUUAAGAGGAGGAAGGCACAGUUGUCUAAUGUGAACAUCUAAGCUUCGGAAUGUGUUUACGGUAUCGAAUGAAUUUACAUUGGUACGUAUGUAUGUGUACAUUAUAAAGAAAUGAAUGAACAAACUAUGUGAGCAGUGUAGUGAACGAAUCUCUCAAUAAUCGGUUGUGACGUACCAGAAAUCAAGUCAAGUUUGCGGUUGUGCAUUAUAACGAUUGUAGAAUAUGACAAAUGGAUAUUUUUUAUAAAUGUUUUAACCAUGGGAACUUGUAGAUUGGCAAUAGUAUUCUGUAUUAUCCCAGGCCUCUGUUGUACGAUUUAUUUGACCUUGUGGACUUUUUCAUCAAUUUGUUCGAAGAAAUAUCCAGUUGAAAAAUUAUACUGAUAAUACACCGAGUUACCUAAUUUAGUGUUGAUACAGAUGAAAUGAAGUCGUUCUGUUUUACUUCCAAAGAAUUAAUGAUAUGUCAUCAAACAGCCCGUUUUCUUGUUAUUUAUGCAUUGUGACUGAAAUAAAUCAUAUUUUAUGGA